CCGAAGCUUUCGAUUUCAGUUAUUAAGUCCAUUGGCUGCUCUUCCAAGGAAUAAAAUUUCUGAUAUUCUCUUUUGCCUCAAAGUUUCGGCUCAUUCGUCCCGUAUACUGUCAAAUAGCAAACCAUGGUUGAAGUCUCUCCUUCAACCAAGAAAGUGGAUGAUUUCUUGUCUAGUUUAUCCCAACUCUCCCAGGAACGGUUGAGGGAAGAUCAAAGGAGACAGCGUGGAUUACAAAGAAAUAUUGAUGAACUUAGAGAAAGGCUGGGGAGCUCAUCACCAAUGAAAUCAUCGUCCAUUGGGAUCAAUCGCUCUUCUUCUAGCUUGGGCCAUUAUCAUGAUGAAGUCCCCCAGUUGAGAUUUAACAGAGAUAUGACAUCUAGAGAUAAGUUCUAUCAAGACUUGAAAGAUCUUGAAGCAUCUGAGUCUCCUCCUCCCAAACCGAAAAGACCUUCAGGGUCAGUUUUUGAUACGACUCAUGAUGAUUCAGCACAAGAAGAUCCUCCUUCUUUACCUACUCGCCCCGAAUACCGCUUCUCGUCAUCCAGGUCAUCGUCGCCACCACCACCAGCAUUGCCUAAGCGUCGUGACUUAGAUAGCAAGCCGCAUAUUCAAAUAGGUUUGGCAACUCCUGUGGCUAGAUCGUCUUCUGGGUCAUACAGGAAGCCACAUCCACCUAAACCAUCUCAUUUAAGAAGUAACGGUAACAAUGAUAGCUUUGAAAGUGGAGAUCACGAUGUAACUACAGUCGUAACUCCAAGCACUAAUAGGCACGGUACAAGUGAUUAUAAUGAAGCCAAAUCAGAUAUUCUGCAAUCUUCUCCAAAUGAAGCUUAUCAUAGAUCAAACUCUGGUAAAGGAAAAGUGAAUACCGUUAUCGACCCUUCAACUGGAGCACCAAGAAUUUCUUUUAUAGAUGCAAGAGAAAAGCCAAAUUCAGAAUCCCAACCCAAAACUCCAAAAUCUUUCAAUAAAACUUCAACACAAAUUGCUACCCCAGGUAGAUCUUCUUCUUCAGCCGAAAAACAACAUAAUUCAUUCACCGAAAUGGAAAAUAAUAUUAGAGAUGGGAAAGAUGUCAAUAACAGUGCAAGGAAGCUUUUCAAUCAACAGUCUACUCCUUCUCCCGAGGCAGAGACAGAACGGAAUAACAAAUCGUAUAAACCAAUCAAACCAUCAAAAUCAAACUGGCUAUCUUCCACUUUACAAAAUUCCAAUACAACUGAAGACGGUCUUCAUAUUCCUCGUCCCUCUUUCUACAAUGCCAUAUCUGCAUCUCAGGCGGCCAAAAGCUCGCCAGCAUACAUUAAUAGAAGUCCAUCUAAGCUGCUUGAUGUACCAGAUGAUACGCAUGACCAUCAAAACACAUUCACUAGAUCACCAUCUAUUAGAGUGGGACAAACUCCUAGAUCAUGGAUAGACAGUGUGGUAAGUCAUGAAGAUCAUUUAGAUCCUGAUGACUACCUUGGGAAACCUAAUUUCACUAUCCCCCAUAAGACUGAUAAUAGCCUCCUGUUUCAUGAAGAAGAACAUAGCAUUCAUGUACCAAAGAAUUCUUCACCCAGUCGUGAGAAGAAUCCACACUCUUGGAUAGAUAGUAUGGCGAAAAGAGUUGGUUCCACCCUAGACGAUAAUUAUGAUAAGCCAUCUUUUGUUAUACCGAAAAAAGACAAGACUUCAUUGGACUUGUACAAGCCGAAGGAAGAGCCAAAACAACCUGAUUAUUUAUCGCAUUUAGCUAAAUUCAAAAAGGAUGGUAAGAAGCCAGCUCCAAUUCCACCCAAGCGAAAGGAUAAAAGCUUGACUCCAGAAGAGGAAGAGCUAUUGAAGUUACGUGAAGAAAAAUUAUCUGGCAAAUCAGACAAACAUCCUCCGGCUACACCUAAACCUAAACCGCCUCUGUUCAAGUAUGAUAAAGAUCAAGAUAUAUUGAAGAACCAGUUGGGCAGACUAUCACCUACAAAAUCACCGGGAUUUUCUCAAAGAAAAGAUUUUGAAAGUAAGGACCAAGAGCUAUUAAGAAACCAAUUGGGAAAACUCUCACCUACAAAAUCACCUGGAUUCAAUCAAAAGAGGGAUUAUGAAAGCAAGGAUCAAGAACUUUUGAAAAGUCAAAUGAACAAACUUCACGCCAAUAAGCCAAAAGAAACGCCGACUUUACAUAAAUACGAAGAGAAAGACUCAGAAGUAUUGAGGUCCCAGUUGCAAAAAUUAGGCGCAAAACAUACAAGAACAGUAUCUUGGGAAAAACCUAAAGAGGACCAGGGUCCAGAAGGGCUUAAGGCCUUAGCCAAAUUGAAGCCAGCAAAAGCACCACCGCCGAAACCUGCAGAUUUACCAGAAGCCUUGAAGCAAUUAGAAGCAUUGAAAUCAGGCAAAAGGUCUGUUUCGCCGGUCAAGUCAGCACAACUCGAAGAUCGCGAUAAGAUUGAUACAUCAGACCCACCAGACAUGGAAAAAGAAGAUGAGCCAACUACCAAAGCUCCCGUUGAGGAAACCUUGAACAAAGAUCAGAAUCUUGAUGAACAAAAGGCCACCAAAUCCGCACCAUCGAAACCACCCAAGAAAAGGACCGAAGCAAAGACCGUUGAGGAAGAGAAAGAUCAGAAACAAGAGAGUAAACCUGCUCCACCAAAACCAGCCCCUUUAAGAAAAGCAAGUACUGACAUCGAACCAUCGACACAAGACGAAAAUGAAAGCAAGGCCGACUUAACCAAAUCGUCGUUCCAGAAUCAGUUAUCUUCUAUCUUACGGGCAAGCACUGCUCCUGUCUCGACUAACGGUUCUGGUUUGGGUGCAAAAACAACCCCUGGUCCAUCAAUUAAGACAGAAAAGAAGAAAGAUUCUACAGGCCCCACCAAACUCACCCAUCCCAAUAAGGGCAGAGCCAAGGGCCCUAAACGAAGACUUCCCAGAAACAUGCAAUCUCUGGCUACAGACAAGAAGGACGGCCCAUCAGAAAAGAUACCUGACUUCAAAAACAAAAAGAUCCCUCCCCGGAUAAAUAAAACAACCAAACCCAAGCCCGAAGACAUCAAACCCAGCAGAGUCUUGAGUGGUGAAGUAUUCAUAUAGUCCGUAUACCCUUCUAAACCCUCUAAAUAGAUCAUGA